AUGGAAGGUGAACAUGGUGCAUUGGUGAGGGGAGACAAACUCAUACUGAAGGGAUUGAUGUUCUAUGGUUUCCAUGGUACAAUGCCAGAAGAACGGAAGCUGGGUCAGAAAUUUUUGGUAGAUUUAGAUGCCUGGAUGAAUCUCAGUGUAGCUGGUAAAUCUGAUAACUUGUCAGAUACAGCUUGUUACGUAGAAAUAUACAAUAUAGUUAAAAAAGUUCUUGAAGGGUCACCUCACAAUCUCUUGGAGUCAGUGGCUGAACAAAUUGCAAACAUUACUCUAACCAAGCAACACAAGGUUUGUGCUGUUCGUGUGAAAAUUGGAAAGCCUCAUGUGGCAGUUCCGGGUCCAGUUGAUUCCUUAGGCGUUGAGAUUCUUCGACACAGAAGUUAUGUGGCAAACUAA